UGUAACCCCUGCCUCCGCCCCCUCAGCCAAGCCCGCUGCUCCUGGGCCUUCGGGGGGGCCCAUGCCCCACAAACCCCCACUGAAGGGGCCUCUUCACCAGGUGGGGGGGCGCGCCCCCAUGGCCAUGCGUGCCGCCUCACUGCCCCAGGCGCCCUCCUCUAAGCCCCCCGCCCGGUCGGUGGAGCCCCACGCAAUCAGAGCCAUGUCUGUGGCUGGCACCGCAGACACACAGCCUCAGGUGGUCGAGGACUUCAGGAUGCACUUCAUCACAUGGAACGUGGGCUCAGCCAUGCCUCCUGAUGACAUCACCUCACUGCUGGGGCUCAACGUAGGAGACGGGAACACGGACAUGUACAUCAUAGGGCUGCAGGAAGUCAACUCCAUGAUCAAUAAGCGUCUGAAAGAUGUGCUCUUCACUGACCAGUGGAGUGAAGUCUUCAUGGAACGCCUCGGCCCUUUCGGAUAUGUGCUGGUGGCGUCUCAGCGGAUGCAGGGUGUGCUGCUGCUGGUUCUGGCCAAGUACUACCACCUCCCCUACCUGCGGGGCGUGCAGACGGAGACCACCCGCACCGGACUAGGGGGCAUCUGGGGUAAUAAGGGUGGGGUGAGCGCACGCAUGACUGUGUUCGGCCACUCCGUCUGCUUCCUCAACUGCCACCUGCCGGCGCACAUGGAGAACUCGGAGCAGCGCAUGGACGACUUCGAGAGCAUCCUCCAGCAGCAGCAGUUUGAGAGCCAGGUCGCCAUGGGCGUGCUCGACCACGAUGUGGUGUUCUGGUUUGGAGAUCUGAACUUCCGCAUCGACGAGCUGGACAUGCACGUGGUGAAGGGAGCCAUCGACACCAACAAGCUGGGCACGCUGUGGGAGAAAGACCAGUUGAACAUGGCUAAGGACAGUGAGACCGUGCUGGAGGGGUUUCAGGAGGGCCCGCUCAAAUUCCCCCCCACCUACAAGUUUGACGUGGGGACUAACACCUAUGACACCAGUGGUAAGAAGCGUAAGCCGGCGUGGACCGACCGGAUCCUGUGGCGGUUGCGUGCCACAGCGCCCCUUGUGGUGGGGAACAGCAAGCGCCACUCUCUGUCGGGCCUGAGCAGUGGGCUGAGCACCGGCACGCGGGUGACUCAGCACUUCUACCGCAGCCACAUGGAGUACACCGUCAGCGACCACAAGCCCGUGGCCUCCAUCUUCACCCUACAGUUCCCGUAUAAGGUGGACAUCCCUCUGAUCACGCUGAUAGUGGAGGACGAAUGGCGGGAGGUGGCUGAUGCCGUGGUGCGCUUUAAGAUGCUGCCCAACUUUGGACGCAGCUCCUGGGACUGGAUCGGCCUUUACAAGGUGGGUUUUAAACAUCACAAGGACUAUGUUGGUUAUACUUGGGCCAAGCAGGAGGAGGCGGACUACCUGAAGAAGGAACAGCAGGUGACCUUUCCGGAGGAGGAAUUGCCAAAAGGCUCUGGAGACUUCAUCUUGGGUUACUAUAGUAACAACAUGAGUACCAUCGUGGGCAUGACGGAGCCUUUCCAGAUCUCCUUGCCCACCUCCAGCCCCGGAGGGGUCAGUCCGUCCGACAGCUCUGACUUCAGCUCGGAGGACGACGGGACGGUGGGCGGGGGCUCACGGCCCUCCAGUCCUGAGGGGGGCGCUAGGAGACACAGCAGCAGCAGCCCCUCCCCCACCAGAGGCUGCUCCCCAAGGGCCAAACCCAAACGCAAGGGUCGCCGCGCCAACAAACCCAAGAGGGCCCCAGACGAGCCGGCACCCUCCGGCACCAGCGAUGAGAAGGGCCCGGCUGAGGCCACCCCGACCGGGGAGCCAGCUGCAGGCGAGGCCGGGGAUGCAGGCUUGUCAUAGGCCCUGGUCGCCCCUUGCGCGCGCCAUGCUGUGUGUGUGUGAGAACUCUGUAUGAGGGUUGGGGGUGGGCUCCUGUUGGGCAAGGCAAGGAGGAGGCCUCAAGCCUCAGCCUGCGGACACCCUCACCCUACCCCUCCCUCCCUCCCUCCCUCCCUCCCUCCUCUCCUGCCAUUUCCCUCUCUCUAUCCAUCCCUCCCUCCCUCUUUCUCUGUGUCACUCACUCUAUGUCUCAGGUGGCUGCGUUAAGUCAGCCUGUUGUGUCCAGUCCUCCCGUGUCUCUCAGUAGCGGUGUGUGUCUGUGUCUCUCUCUGUGUGUAAGUGUUGUCAGACCCCGUCCUGACAUGCUGGAGGUGCUCGGAGAGGCAGCGUAGCGAUUAGCGAUUAGCAUUUGUGAGGGUAGCAGGGAAUGCCUGCCUGACAGGCCCUGAAAAUGAAUCCAGUAAAGUACAGAUGAAAUCCAGAUUGCCUUUACAUAAUUCUGCCAUGACUUCUACCGAGUCAUAGUCAUAGUUCUAGUCUUAGUCAUAGUUCCAGUUCUAGUCAUAGUUCUUGUUUUUGUUCUAGUUCUAGCGCCCGAGACAUGGAUCCAGGUCUGUGUUGCUUCAGCUGCUUUGGCUAGGAGCCCCGGCACACAAUGCGCUGUCUCGCGGAGAUGAUGGUUAGGGUCUACCAAAUGCCCUGGGGAACAAAAUGUCUGCCUUCUGCUACCUAGAACAGUUUUUCUCUUGCUGUGGAAGCUGUGGAGGCAGUAUGGUGCUCUGUAGAAGGCACAUCUGAGGGAGAAAAAUGCAAAAAAUCAAGUAUCCAAGUCAAGAACAGCACCCCCUAGUGGCGUAGAGAAGAAACGUGCAGAAAUGUAUUGUUGUCUUUCCUGAUCCCUCAGCUCUGAACUCUGAACCCUUUGCUGGGCCAUGCUGUUCUCCGCUCUCUCAGGAGAUUCGCUGAGCAUUCCGUUUCCAGAAUAAAAAAGCUUAUACUGACACCUAAUGAAGUCAAGGUAUAUGAGGUCAUAUCCUGUGAGGUCAUGUACUGUGCGGUCACGUCCUGUGAGGUCACGUCCCUGUCAGGUAGUUGGUGUGUAGUCGACUCUCACAUUGAGGCUUGUGGAAGUCAGCUCAUUCUCCAUUGGUUUGUGUCCCAGUACUGUUAGUCUGAGCUUAGUCUGAGAUUAGUCAAGGAUUAGUCUAUGGGUUUCUAGGAUAACCCGUAACCUGUUGUAAAAAAUGUUGUGCUCUCUUUCUGCUCCCCUUCUCUUGUCUGUCUCUCUCUCUCUCUCUCUCUCUCUCUCUCUCUGUUCUUCUAUCUGGGUUAGUCAUGAGUGGGGGACAGUGUGUAGUUCUUGUGCGAUGGCCGUAGUGUGACACCCUCAGUGCACCAUCCAGAUAUACAGUGUAGUAGCUCAGUCUUUAGCUGUAGGACGGUUCGUGCAGUUGUAACGUAACUUGAGUUAUGAGUGUGUGUGUGAGUGUGUGUGAGAGAAAGAGAAGGUGUGGAUGGCUGGAUGUGUGCUUGCAUGAUUUGCUGCACUUGCCUCUCAUGGUUGAGUGUUGUUCAUUACUGUUUCUGACCUUUGCUGUGUGUCAGUGUUCACAGAAUUAUCAAACAAAUUAAGACAAAUGGUUAGGAAAGCAGAAAAAAAAAAAAAAAAGAUUUGGUAAAAGAAGGAGGAAUGCUUCACACGUUGACGGAAGAGAAGAGAAGUGACUGAACGAGGAGAAGCGUUCUUCGUCAUGCUGAACAUUAUUCUGUGUUGAAUCGAUUAGGAAAGGCCAACGAGUUAAGUGAUCUGAAGAUGAGGAAGAUGAAGAUAAUGAGUGAGAAUAAGAACUCUGUUUUUGUGUGGAAGCGUGGGUCUACACGUGUGCUUGUGUGCACAGAGUGCAAGGAUAGAUUGACUUGUGUGCUGUAUGUGUAGGGCCAGAGGUGUGUGUGUGUGAGAGGUGUGUGUGUGUGUGUGUGAGAGGUGUGUGUGUGA